AUGGCCGGGCUCAAGCGACGACGCGAGGAAGCCACGCAGCGCAACACGAGAGCUCGCCAACGUGGUUCCAAAGACAGCGAAGACGCGAGUGAGACCGAUGAUGAGGUACCUCCUACGAAUGUCGCGGUGGCUGGUAGUCCUAGCGACAGCGAAGAGAAGAAAGAAGAAAGUGGAGAUGAGGAAGAGGAAGAAGAAGACGAGCUGCUGGAUUUCACGCAGACGGACUAUGCAGCUCAAAUGAGUCAGGCUGACCCUGUGGAGGAAGACGAAGACGGAGGUGGCAAGAAGUCCGAUAAUGAGCCGACCAAGCCCAAGGCUUUGCAUCGACUCUCUGACAAGGCGCUGGAAGAGCUUUUGGCGAAGCUCGUGCGCUAUAUGCUGUACAAAGGCGGUUUGAAGCUGCCUAUCAAGUUUACUGACAUUAGCAAGGAUGUGUUCCCGCAGUAUAAGAAUGUGUCAAGAUACCUUUUCUUCUUUGCGAAACAGAAGAUUGAGAGUGUCUUUGGAUACCGCGUGGUGCAUGCGAACGACAACACGGGCAGAGAGAUGUACUUCGUGCUCAACAAUGUUUCGUCGCAGGAACACUUGCUGCUCAUGAACAAAAACGGAAAGGCUGCCUCGCGAGGCUUCCUCAUGAUGGUGUUAGGUCUCUUGUGGUGCGCUCCUGCGCGGCGACUGUCAGAAGAUGACUUGUGGAAGCAGCUCAUUCGUCUGGACCCGAAAGUGAAGCUGAAAGUGAACCAUCCGCAACUCGGCGACAUUCCUCUUCUUUUCAAGACGUUCGAAAACCAACUCUACCUCAACGCCACGUUUGAGCUUGACGCGGACCUGAAGAAGAUCAAAUACUACCAGUAUGGCCCACGGACGUUCCUGGAAGUGAGCAAAGUGCAGAUCCUCAACUUUGUGUGCAAGCUGAUUACGGGUCAUCCGCCAUCUGACAUUCAGGUUAACGAGGUCUUAGCAGAAGAUAGCUAA